AUGGCGUUGGCAAACCUUCUCCUUGCUGUCUCAUGCACACUUACAACAGGAAUUCAUCAGGCAACACCGUGGGAGCUGCGUCUUGCGGCUCUCAGUGACAUCCUUCACUUGGGACAGCGCUCCACAUUGUUGCAAAGAAGCUCCUUUGUGAGGAACCUCGAUUACUUGAUCAAGUUCAGGGUGUGCAGUGCCUAUCCUGCUGACGCUCCUUUUGAGGUGUUGCUGAACGAAGUCACUAUUCAAAAGGAACUGGAGUAUAAGUCGUGCUUUGAGUACACUGGUGACUUACACCCUGGUGACAAUGUGAACUUCAAGGUGGCAGGCCUCGCAUCAGGCUCGUUUACCAUCGACAAGCUUCCUCAGGAGGAUGCUACCUUGGUUUUGGUCGUCUAUCGCCACGACCGAGCCAGCAUGGCUCUGUCUUUCAUGUCACAUGUCUUUGCAAAGCUGUCUGGCCCGCAGGUAGCCUUGUUGGAUGCGUAUCAGGGCACGGCAUCCUCACUUGUGGAGAUUCAACCAGAGGAUGAAGAGGAGAGCGCUGAAACUUUGAGGUUCAACUCCGUUAUGGCGUUGGAUGAAGCUAGAUAUAAGGUUUUGCUUCAUGUGGGAAACCACAAGGAAGAGGCACGAAUUUGA